AUGUGUUCACGUCUUGUCCAGUCAUGCGAGGAAGUUGUCCCGUGUUCUGCCGAGAAGUAUGUUGAUCAGGUCCUACCACCCUCUUUACCGCCACUGCCAACUGUCUGCCAAUAUCUUUCAGCAUCUCAAAAUAAACCGAACAACGGUCGCGCAGCAAGUGUUAUUGGCGAACAAAACCCAGCAGGUAAAGCUGGCAACACGGAUGGCAAUACAGGAACAGGUCCAACUAUUGACAGUCCAGCAGAUGGCACCACCCAUACCAUUACAAACGACGUUUCCAUUGGAUACUUCAUAGAUACAGUCACUUGGUCUGAUCCUGAUGUCGGCGACGAGUUGACAAUUUCCAUGAGUACAAAUACAAAAUUCAACUUUGACACCGGAACAGGCAAUGUGACAGUAGCCUCAUCCCUGGCUGGGCCGGAUUCAACAGAAGUCCUCGUUUUCACAGUAACAGAUUAUUGUGCAAACGCUGCUUCAGCAUCGGUUACUGUUUCCAUAACAAACGAAGCCCCUGUUAUCCACGCUAUGCCAGCAUCCGACACGCUCCUUGAGGACACGACCCUGGAGACAUUGCUGUACACAGUCAACGCCACGGACUCUGUUGACACAGUCAGCUGCUCUUUCAGCGGUGUUGUAACAGAUCCAUUCACUGUGAAACAGAUUCCAGCAACAUCCAACUAUGGAAUUUAUUCAAAUGCAAAUCCUAACUUCGACUACGAUACAGUAAACCAAUAUGACCUGACAGUGGUGUGCACGGACGGAUACAAGAACAGUAAUACUGGAACGUUUUAUCUUUACCUUGUAAAAAACCAACCCCCUGUGAUUCACAACCUUCAAGGGGCGACGACUCUGUCAACAUCUUCUGGUAUUGGCACGAACGUGUUUACUGUUAACACCACGGACUAUGAAGGCGAUACACUGACAUAUACCAUGACCUGUGACCCUGCAUCAUGCCCUUUCCAAAUUUUUGCAUCGGGAGAAAUUCAGCUGAACGCGGAUAUUUCAAACUAUACGACAGUAGGUUACGAUAUUGAGAUAACUGUAGCAGAUGCCAAGAACACGGUGGGACCGACAAUAUUAACUGUUAUAAUCCAAGGUAUAAAUGAUCCUGUUUUGAUAACCAACUUACCUUUGACCUCGUCGUACGUAGUUCCUGAAAACACUGCGUUAUCUUCAUCAGUGUUUACCGUGUCAUAUUCGGAUCAAGAUACACAAACAUGGACCUUCUCGAUGUCGUCUACACCAGGAACGGGAUUGUCAUACUUUUCUCUGGAUUCGGGUGGGAUUAUAUCUACUGCCGGUACAGUAUUGGACUAUGAGACCCUCGCGGCCGCUGGGACAACGUCAUUUACGUUCACUAUAAGCGUCAAUGACGGAACAGCCUCGGAUACAGAGCCAUUAGUAAUUGAUAUUAUCAACGUUAACGAGGCCCCACAGUUCCCUCAAUCUAGCUAUAGUUUGUCGACAACAGAAGGAGCUGCGGGACAUAUUAUAGGAACACCUUCAUUUGGCGUGAUAGACCAAGAUACUGGUGAUUCUCACACACUCUCGAUUGAUUGUGGAACUUACACGGGCUAUUUCCUGAUGAACCCCUCAACAGGGGAAGUUUCAUUCCAGUCCAACUACGAUACAGGUGCUGGAUUGCCAUCAACUGUCACGUGCAAUGUAACGGUUGAAGACAGUGGCGGACUAAUCGAUACAGCGACGCUUUAUAUUUAUAUAAGUGAUACUAACGACAACACGCCGGUUUUCUCCCCUGCUUCGUACUCAUUCUUUAUCAGUUACUAUUCCUCCGUCGGUACUGUCGUCGGCAUAGUCACAGCAACCGAUGGAGACACGGGAACCUUUGGGACAAUAUCAUAUACAUUAGAUCAAGCAUCUCUACUGGAUGAAUACUUUGCUGUAGACACCAACGGACAAAUUACGGUUCUGAAGUCACCAAGUCCCCUUGGAUAUUCCACAACAGUCACAAUAAACGUCACAGCCACAGAUGGUGGUGGGUUGUCCGAUAUAGCAUCUGUUACUAUUGGAAUAUCAGAUACCACGACAACGUCAACCACAACAACGACAGAUCGAUACAAGACAUUUAUCGAGGACGGCAGGAAUGUGGCUUGGCUGGUCGCGUGCUGUAUAAUACUGGUAGUUAUAAUAGGCGUUCUCGUUUGGCUUAUCAGCACGUGCAAUGGAGACAGAGGUUGUACAGCAUUUAGAAGACAACUCUGCAAGAAGAAGAAAAAGGUAUGGCAGCCUCGUCAAAGAAGACAACUGACACCUCCAACACCGCCGAUUCGCCCUCCUAGACCGAAUUCAUAUCUUGUCUCUGUGCGAAAGCCACCGCCACCAAAAGCUGAACAAGCCUGGCGAUCAGCAGCAGUUUGAGGAACCACUCCAUUAGGCACCAAACGCACCACACGAUUACCAUUUCUUGUUUGCAAAUUAUUCGUGAAAUAGAUGCCUACACGUAUAUUAAAUUGAUUACAUAAAAUGCUUAUCAUCUGUUGUCCUUUAUGAAAUAGUAAACAUUUGGAUCACAAAUUUGUAAUAGGAAAAUAAAAGAAGGAAAAAUAGACAAAACUCAAUCAGUUAUUGUGAGAUCGUCAUGUGGGGUAGUGCUUCCAAUUUUCAGUUUAGAGAAGAAAUAACCUGGAUGUUUUAUAUCAAAAGACAUAUUUCAAGAAAUGUGAUUGGUAAUAUUAUCUAUUCCAUCGGUUCACAUCCAUUAUUGAAACAAUAAAGAUAUACAGAAAUACAUUUGUUUUUAGUUUUGCGUUUUAGAAAUAGUUUGAAAAUGUAACAAAUAAUUUCAUAAAUAAGUUAAUACGGAUAUCGACAUAUUUGAAUGUUCUUCUUUCGCAAUUUUAUUUUCCCCCUUUUUUUAUUGUUUUUUUUUUCUUGUUUGAGCAUGUCUACGACUUACAUAUACUAGUGUACACAUAGUAAAAUAUACAUUUCCGCUGGCAACAACUAUGAUACUCUGUAUAAUGUUUGCAAAACCAAGAAAUAUAUUUUGUACUUCACCUAAAUACGUAAUUUUUUGUGCCAUUAUUUUACACAACAAUCUGAUGUCAUUGAUCAAAGAUAUUUUCAUGUAGAGAGUGAUAGUUGUAGCAAUGAAACUCAUUUUUAAUACAAGUGCACGUCAUGAGUCUGGCAUUUAAUGCAUGUAAAUAAAUCUAUAGCUAACUCAUUGCA